AUGUCUCGCGGGCGGUCUCCCUCCUCCGAGCAGGAGUCCGUCCUCGGUGGCGCUGAAUCGCGCAUAGCGGUUUCCAUCCUCGACCCAUAUCACGAUCGAGAGCGCUCAUGUAGCCUGCCCUCCGACGAGUCAAGUCCAUCUUCUCCGACGCUUGACCUCCUUCAGCCAUACGUAUCAUCGUAUACAUGUCCACCCGCACAGCCCUACGUCCAACCAGACGUCGUAACUGACUGGAGCUCACCGAUAUUUCCCCAGCAGUCGUGGCAAAGCGAAUGCACCGCUCCAACAUCCGCAGCCUCCCCAGCCAGCGUCCUCAGCUUCCAAAGCGACCUCUCGCUAUACAACCCCUCCUCGGAACCAUUCACCACCCCCAGCCCAUCGCCAGUCGUCUUGCCGCUAUUUGACCCACGCUGUCCGGAUCAGCCCCACUCGACCCUGAUGAUGCACUUCAUCCAGACAUACUUCGACCAUUAUGGGCAAACGUUCCCUUGCCUGGCAUACGACGAGACCGUCCGGCAAUUCUUCGAGCAGUCCCUCUCCCCCUUGGUUGCGACGGGCAUCGCAGCGCUCGCUGCCUGGUACUCGGAUCUCCCUGAGGUACUGCAACGUGGCGCCGCAGACGUGUCGGGGGCGUACUGCGCGCACGCAAAGGCUCUUGUUUCGCGCGGACAAUUAGCCUCGCUUGACACCGUCCAUGGGCUCAUUUUGCUCGCAUGGGCCGAAUACAAGAGAUCGCGGAUGGUCGACUUCUGUUCGCAUGUCAGGACCGCGAAACACUUUUCUGAGCAGAUUGGGCUAGCGAGCGGCGCACUCAUGCAAAAGGCGUUGAACGACUACGAACGACAUAUGCUGCAUCUGACGUGGGGCAUCGUUAGGCAGCUCGUUGUGAUGAUAGAUACAUGGACUAUCUGA